GUAUAUAUAUAUACAUAUAUGUAUAUAUAUAUAUUGUGGUGAAACAUAAGUGUGAACAUAAGGGGAAUUAAGUAAUUGUUUCAAGAGAAGAAGAGCUAAAUUAUACGUAAAUAUUAUACACUGUAUUAUAAAUAUAAUACACUGCGUAAAUUGAGAAGACAAUGUCCAACAAUCCUCAGUGGAAAACGUUCCAGCCGCCAAUCAUGAACUCUGACCCAGCAAUACUUGACUACAAGUCUAUGGCUAUACCAAGUCCUAAAGCCAUAACAGGAUCUCAUCAAUCAACAACUACCAAUUAUCGUAAUGGUACCAACUAUAGUGGUGAUCACUAUAUGGGUUCACCUCCUGAAUGUGGCAAAAAUUCUACUACUAAUUAUGGAAGUUAUCCUGGCACACAAUCGUCACCACGCAAUGGCGCCACGAGAUUUCCAUUUGAAUUUACGAGUAUGGAAACAAAUACCAGUUACACUAGUGAACCUGUCACCAAUAAUUCUACCUAUCAGGAUCAAUCUGCAAAUCAAGGAACACGGGAAACUGGCAUAAUUGAGAAAUUAUUACAUUCUUAUGGAUUCAUACAAUGCUGCGAAAGACAGGCAAGACUGUUUUUUCAUUUUAGCCAAUUUAGUGGUAACAUUGAACAUUUGAAGAUUGGAGAUCCUGUGGAAUUUGAAAUGACUUACGAUCGGCGAACAGGCAAGCCUAUUGCAAGCACUGUUAGCAAAAUUGCUCCAGUGGCAUUGGGUGAUCAACGAUGCAUUGGUAAUGUAACAACUGAAUUACAAGCGAGUGGUGAUUCACAAGGACGUAUCAGUUACGAAAAUCGUGGAGAAUGUUUUUUUCUGCCAUAUACCAAAGAUGAUGUCGAAGGAAACGUAACUUUGCGUGCUGGCGACAAAGUUUCAUUUCAGAUUGCUACUAAUCAACGAGGGAACUUGGGUGCAUGUAAUGUGAGAUUGGAAAAUCCAGCACAUCCGGUUCGAUACCGCGGAGUGGUGUGUUCGAUGAAGGAAAAUUUUGGUUUUAUCGAACGUGCUGACGUAGUUAAAGAAAUAUUCUUCCACUUUAGCGAAGCUAAGUCUAUGAAAGAAGAACUUAGGCUAGGAGAUGAUGUAGAAUUUAUAAUACAAACUCGCAAUGGAAAGGAGGUGGCUUGUAACAUUACAAAGUUACCACCUGGUUCAAUCAUAUUUGAAGAAGUCAGUAAUGAAGUGGUGAAAGGACAAGUGUUGAAGCCUUUGGAAAGAGGCACUGCUGCUCGUCAUCAAAAUGAUCCCUUACCUGGACGCAUUCGAUAUAGAGACAGUAAUCAUUCUGAAGUGGAAGUACCAUUCGGUGACAAAGAUCAAAAAGGAGAUUUUACUCUUAGGCAUGGAGAUUGGGUUCAAUUUCGUAUUGCAACAGACACUAGAGAUCAACUUAAAAGAGCUACAGAAAUAAUGUUAUUACCAGAAUCUUUCACUGUGUCAGGAGAAAGACGGGAGCAAGGUGUUAUACAAUCUCUCAAAGAUGGAUUUGGCUUUAUUCGUUGUGUAGAAAGAGAACCCAGACUUUUUUUUCAUUUUAACGAAGUUCUUGAUGUUGAUAGAGAAAUUAGUGUAGGAGAUGAAGUUGAAUUUACAGUUAUACAAGAUCCUUCGUCAUCAUUCUCUAAUACUCGACAAAGUGCUAUUAGAUUGAAACAUUUGACAAUGGGUACUGUAUUGUUUCAAACUAUUAUAGAAAAAGAUAUAUUAGGUACUGUAAUACAAGACACAAAUUCAAUGGAACCUGGCCUCAUUGGUUAUGGUUCACAGAAGAGCAUUAUUUUCUUCUCUAAAGAUUGCGACCCUAAACAUAUUCCAAAAUUGGGCGAUAAGGUAAUGUUCAAUAUUGUUCAAGUAAAACGAAAUAAAGAGCUUGUUGCUGAGGACAUAUUUUUAGUAAAUGCUGCUGGUGAAAAAAUUCAAAAUGUUAAUAAAAAAUCAAAUGGACAAGUUUGUCAAGGUUUUAUAGCUGCUCUUAAGGAUGGAUUUGGCUUUAUUGAGACAGUAAAUCAUGAUAGAGAAAUAUUUUUUCACUACAGUAACUUUGAAGGAGAUGCUAAUACGUUGGAAUUAGGAGCUGAUAUCGAAUGUACAAUUAGCAGUUCGAAUAAUGGAAGAGGAUCCGGAGGUUGUGUAGCUGCCGAUCAUGUUAAACUGGUGCCACGCGGAAGUAUUCCGAGGCCUACGGCAGUCAGCGAGGUCUUAGAUGGUACUGUGGUACGACCGUUACGAAGUGCAAAUCCCGAGCAGUCUGAAUACGCUGGUUUGAUCAAAAUUAAUCCAACUAACGAAGACGAGGAAACGCCAGAAUACGAAUUCGGAAUAAUGGGACUUUCUAACAAGCGAGAGCUAUUACAGGCUGGUGAUCCUGUACAAUUACAAGUUGAUUCAGAAGGUCAUGCUUGCAAUAUUGUAGCCGUCAGAAAAAAAAGAAGAGCAACCGUGGAUGCGGUAAAAGGUCCAUUCGGUUUUCUCGCCUACGAAGUAGAUGAGGGUAAAAAGUUAUUCUUCCAUAUAAGCGAGGUUCGAGAUCACGCUACAUUACAACCGGGUGAUCAAGUGGAAUUUGUUUUGGUUACUAAUCAACGCACUGGCAAGUCGUCGGCGUGCAACGUGACUCGAUUAAGCGAUGCGGUCCAACAACGACCUGAGCGAUUAAUAAGCCGAUUACGUACCAUAUCGUUGGAAGACACAGGCCCAAAAUUAACUGUGGUCAGACAACCAAGAGGUCCCGAUGGCACUCGCGGAUUUAACCAGGAAAGAUGCCAGCACAUUCCUGGUGCCAUAGAAGAGUAAUGCGCUGUGAGACACUUAUUAUCCAAAUUGUAAUCUACAAUUUGUUUUUAGUUCAUACACUUCGAUACCAAGAUUACUAUUGUAAGCAUGGUCAUAAACGUUUGCCAAAAAAAAUUCAGACUAAUGCGACAACAAUAAUUAUAAUGAUAGUGAUCUGGAAUUGGAUGAUGAACGAGGGCCGGAAUAAUAUAAAAGUAAAAAAAAAAA